GGCCGGCAGCCUGGAGCUGGAGGCAGAACCGGGGCUACCUGCCCACAGGGACCCCAGGCCCCACCCGUUCGCCCACCUCCUGCCCGCCACCCUGCCUUCCAGAUCAGGUCAAAGGGGACUACCCCCCAACCCUUCCUUGCCUUCUGCUUCCUCCUUCCUGUAUCUGUCUGGGUGGGUCUGGGGAGGAACGGAUCAUGGUGGGCCCAGGCACCACCAUUCCUGGAUGAGGCUCUGAAGCUGAUGGAAAAGGGAAGGGGAGGGGUAGGCUAGGCUCCUGCCCCAGCCAGACCCUGUUGAGGUCAACAUUACUGGCCUGCGGGCCGCCUUUCCUAUGCAACCCUGGCUCACCUGCUCCCUGCUGCGCGUUUGUUUUGUUUUGUUUGGGGCAGGCUUCUCUUAGCAAGUAAAGACCUCAGGAGAGCCAGGACCCUGUCUCACCAGCACCCUUCCCCCCGCCCCCCACAGGCCUGCCUCCACACUGUCUCCACCUCCUUCCCUCUGACCUUCGGGCUGUAGGAGCAGAGCACCCAGAGGUGGCUUCUGACCAGUAGCCCCUGGGGAGGCCUCUCCAGACCCUCACUCUGGGGCCACUAUGCACCAUUCCCAGCCUCCCUGAGGAGAUGGGCACAUGGGGCCCUGCUCACAAGGGGGGAUGAGAACCCUGGCCAGAUCCCAUGGGGUGUCCUGUGCAGGCACCUCUGGGGGCCAGGCCUGCUAUGAGGGGCAGAGGGCAUUUCUUACCGUAUGAGCAGAUACCCAGGUGGCUCUUGCUGCCAGACUCUGUUCUUCAUGUGGUGGAUGGUGGCUACCCCAGGGACUCCUGCUUCCCUUUCUGGGUUCCCACUCCCACCACAGGCAAAGACAAAAACCCCAGGAGAUGGCACGAUCCACACACCCUUGUGUCUGCUGUGGGUGUAGGCUCUGCCAUGCCCCUACCCUCUGCCAGGUAUCAAGUACUUUAUACCAUCAUCUCAUCAGAACCUCCCUUAUGCCAACCUUCUCAACUGGGUAGUAUCCCCCCAUUUUGCCGAUGAGAAAGUUGAGGAUGAGAAAGGUUAGUUGAUCCAACCGGGAAAGCAAUGGGAGGAUUCCAAAGCCCUAGGGCUUUUCCACUUGAAACUAACAUAGGGAGGGAGAUAGUCUGGGCUGGGAGGCUGGGAGUCUGGUUCUCCUGAGCCAGUAGCCAACGAAGCUGGGUUGUUGACACCCGCUCACCCACUGGCAGCUGCCCGUAGCCACACUCGCUGCUGUUCAUCAAGGGCACAUGGCCGGAUGUGUGUCCCUCCUAUAGCAUCCUUUGUCUUCCCCAGGCUCUCAACAGCCAGCUGGAACCCUUGAAUCCUUUCCCAUCCUGUUCCCUUUGGGUGUGACAAGCUUCCCUCGGGUUCCCCGCAGAAGGCUCAGAGGCAGCCAUUUUGCUGUGCUAUUGGUGUCAGAACCCUGCGGGGUCUCCUCCAGUGACCUUUACAUGUGGUGUGUGGUAUGCUGAAGAUAGAUGGCAGAGCACGAAUCGAGAAGACACUGCUGCUUAGAGCUGUGCUGUGGGGAAAGGCUGGGACACGCCUGAGGCCAAGUGGGGCUUCUCAAAGGACCCAGGAGAAGCCUCAGCAGAGAUAGGAAGUCUGGAAUCAGGCUAUUGCUGACCAGAGGACAGAGGUUUCUAUGGAGACCAGAGGAGCAGGAAGCAUGGGGCCUGGGGGGAGGAGGCAUUGGGAACAUAGAGGCAUGGGUGCUGUGCAGGACAACUUGUCAUAAAAUAUCAGCUCAGCCAGUCUCGUAGUCUCCUUGGACAAACAAGAUGACUGAGGCCCAUGCGGGGACGGCUUUGCACGUGGUCGCACGACAGUGGCCUGGCCUAGCCUGCCUUGCUCCCCACUCAAAGUGACUGCACCGCCAGGCAGCUGAUGAGACUCCUGGACGGUUGGACUUGGGGUUCCCUGGCAGCAUGUGGGCUGGAGCCCUAUGGAAGCACCCGUAAGCUGCCGCCCUGUUGUGAGGCGGCCCCUACCUCCUGGCCCCACUCAUCAGUGUGGGUCUGGGCCCUGGCCACUGCCCCAGACCUCAUCGCCGCUCACAGGGUGCCUGCAGCACCUCCCCCCUACUUACUGUGGCCUUUUGUUUUCUGGGUGACACUAGCAUCAGGCGGUGUGUUCGGGUGACUAAUCUCCUCCAGGCUGGGCAGCUGUCACAGGGCAGCCUGACCAGACGGGCGGGGAAAGCUGACACCCUGGGGGAGUGCUGGCAAGCCAGUGCCCAGGCAGCAGUGGGCAGCUGGGCCUUCAGGCUUCUUUUCCUGGGUACAGAGCAGACCAGAGUCAGGCAGGCCUGGGUUCAGGUCCCAGUCCUGCCACCGAGCGGCCUUGUGACAUGUACUGCACCUGUUCAAGCCUCGUCUCUGUAGUGGAGCCACUGAUCCUGCAUGCCUCAUAGGCUUGUGGUGGGGAUCAAGUGAGAUGAUAAAUGAAAGUACUUGCUUAGGGCCUUGUCCAUUGUAGGUAUUCAAGCAGUUCAGCGGCCUUUAUUGCUCUUAUCAAGGCUCCCCUUCCUGCCCCGGCCCACCUGAGUCUCAGCCCCAUUGCCCAAAAAGAAAGAUCCUACUCUCCUCUGAGCUUCUAGAGUACAAACUUUGCCUUCACGCAGACUUGGGUUCCGUCAUCGGCUCCCCAAUGGCUAGCUGUGGACUUCAGGCAGCUUACCUCCUUGUGUCCCAGCUUCCCGUCAGGAACAUGGCAUGAUGCAGGACCUAUUUUUUCAUGUUGCUCUGGUUUAUAAAAUGAUAACGUGUGUUUAUAAAGGGCUUAGCAGAGUGCCUGGCCCAUGGAGGGCACUCAAUAAAUGUUAGCUCUGGUGAUAGUGAUUUUCAUAGCUAGCCAAGAGCUCUCUGCCCACGCCCGUUCACUUGCCCUCAGAGCUUAACUCCUGCCCUUCUCCCUGUCGGAGGAGGGACUGUAACAGGCAGAGACCAAGAAGAGCCAGGCAGUCUCGAACACUGGUUCCCCAGGCACACUGCCUCCGUUGUUCCCUGGUCACAGGAGCUCAGAUGCCUUGGCCCUAUGUGCCUCUCCCUAAAUACCUCUGUACCUAUCCAGGGCUUCAGCCUGGCAUUGCUUGCCUGGACUCACAGGGUAGUAGCAGAUUAAAGAGUGGGUGAGUGGGUGAUGGGAGAAACAGGCAGUCGGCACGUAGCUGUGGGCCUGGGUCCUCGUCCUCAAGCCCUGCGUCCACCACCGUUUGUCCAAGGCUCCCACCCAACAUGCCUGACUUCCUCUAGGCCCUUAGCAGGUGGCCGUAUGUCUCUUGCUGGCCCCAGGCAGAUGUCCCAUGGCUGUGACUUGGACCUCUCUGUGGCUGCCAGGGCCCAAGAGAUCACUUGAUGGUGGGAUACAGGCCCUGGGCAUUCUGGAGGCAUCCUCCCUACCCCUGCCCCAAGUAUACCUGGCUUCCUGCCCUUCCCCCACUGUUCGGAAGAAGUGAGGGUACAGUAAUCCCAGCAGCCUGUAAGAAGGGGCAGCCAGGAGUAGAUGAGCUGGCGAAGGAGGCUAAGAACGGGUCAAGGGAGGGUGGUUUGAGUAAGGAUAGUCCCCCUGGCUUCUGCCUCCCCACAGGAGGGAACUCUGGGUAUAGAGUUGGAGCUUCUAGCAUUGGUCCCCAGGACACAGUGCAGUUCACAGGCUCCCUUGGCAGCAGGGCUGGAAGGGUUUUCAGACCUCACCCGUCACCUGGUACUUGCACACAUGGGGGAUCCGUCCUCGGCGUCUCCAGAAAGGUGAGACAGAGCAGUCUAACAUCAGGAAAGGGCCUGCUUUUAGCCCCUCAGAGAUAGAGAUGCACACCCAGAACAUACCUGAAGGCUUUCCUCUUGGCUCAGGCCUCUCAUAGCUUCCCAUGUAGAGUCCCCAUGGGUGAGGACUGGGGUGGCUCUCUCCCUGUAUAACUCCCCCAGUCUGAGGGCAUUGGUCACCAGAGCCCUUUGAUCCCUAAGUCAGAUCCUCCCCUUGUCUGGUGCCCAAUCUCUGCCUGACCCCACGGUUUGGGGCUGAGUCUAGGGGUCUUAUCUGGACUGAAUUUCCUUUCAGAGAGCCUCCUUUUAUUACCAUAGCUUACUUUGUGCCAUGUCCCAGGAGGGGACACCUAAACCUAACCUGCUCUCAAUUGGUAGCUAAAAAAAGGCCCAAUGAAAGGGCGGGGGAAAAAGGCUUCUCCUUGGCCCCUCAGUCUGUAGAAGCCAACUGUACACUGGAACCCAGGACAGUGGGCUUCCCGUUUCCUUUUUUUCUUUUCCAUCAGCUUCAGGCAAGGGAGUCAAAGGCCAAGGCUUUGUGGUUUAUGGUGCCUGGACAGGGGAGCCACAUGGGUGGCUGGAAGCCCCUUGUACCCCUUGUACUCUUGGGGCAGCAGAGGGUAUAACUGGGGAGAGCGGUAGUGCUUCCAACAGUAGUGCAUGUGGGCUCCCCUGAGGAUUCUGUGGUACCCUCAAACAACCUAUUUAUGGAGGUCAGAGGCCGUGGACCCCUCCUCCUUCCUCCCUGUGUCCCUUCUCUGUUCAAAGGGCAGAGGCUGUGACUGGGCUCCGGAGCAUAGGAUGGGCCAGAGCCUGACCCAGCUCCUGAUGCUCCCGGUCUCUGCCCAACAGCCCUCCACCUGCCCCUGGCAUGGAGACCUUCUUUAGGAGACGCUUCCAGCGGAAGGAGCCAGGCCCCGGGGAGGGGCAGCGGCGGCCCAGCAGCGUGGGUCUGCCCACAGGCAAGGCCCGGCGCCGCUCCCCUGCUGGACAGGCCUCCUCCUUGCUGGCACAGCGGCGCCGCUCCAGUGCACAGCUCCAGGGCUGCCUCCUGAGCUGCGGGGUGGGGGCCCGGGGUGCCAGCCGCCGGCGCUCCAGCACCGCACCCCCUGCCUGCAACCCCCGCUUCGUCGUGAAUGAGGUGCCCACCGCACAGCCUGCCACUGUUGGGGCGCAGCUUCUCAGCACACCCUUGCUGUUGGCUGGGCUCAUAGGCAUGAAUGAGGAGGAGGAGGCGUCUCGGGAGGAGGACGUGACAGUUGCGGCAUUGAGUGCCACCCAGCUGGGCGCCAGGAGACCGGGCCCCUCCUUGCACCGGGGCACCCUCCUGCCUGUGCUUGGCUGCCUGCGCCGGCGGCGCCGAGCCUCCUCCCACCUGCUCCCUGCUGACGUGGUGUAUGACUGUGCCCUCUGGGGCCUGCAUGGUUACUAUCGACGCCUCAGCCAGCAGCGGGCCCCAGGCCCACACCCCGGCCCUGGGGGCCGAAGAGCCUCAGGCACUGCAGCUGGUGCUCUGCUGCCUGCCCGCGUGCGCCCGCUGUCCCGCAGGCGACAGGUAGCCCUACGGCGCAAGUCGGCGGGACCCCAGACCUGGAGUGCCCUGCUUGCGAAAGCCAUCACCAAGUCGGGCCUCCAGCACCUGGCACCCCCUCCUCCCACUCCCGGGGCCCUGUGCAGUGAGCCAGAGCGGCAGAUCCGGAGCACUGUGGACUGGAGUGAAUCCGCGACGUAUGGGGAACACAUCUGGUUCGAGACCAACGUGUCGGGGGACUUCUGCUAUGUUGGGGAGCAGUACUGUGUAGCUAAGAUGCUGAAGUCAGUGUCCCGGAGAAAAUGUGCAGCCUGCAAGAUCGUGGUGCACACCCCCUGCAUCGAGCAGCUAGAGAAGAUAAAUUUCCGCUGUAAACCAUCCUUCCGUGAAUCAGGCUCCAGGAACAUCCGUGAGCCAACCUUUGUGCGGCACCACUGGGUACACAGACGACGUCAGGAUGGCAAGUGUCGGCACUGUGGGAAGGGCUUCCAGCAGAAGUUCACCUUCCACAGCAAGGAGAUUGUGGCCAUCAGUUGCUCCUGGUGCAAGCAAGCGUACCACAGCAAGGUGUCCUGCUUCAUGCUGCAGCAGAUAGAGGAGCCAUGCUCCCUGGGUGUCCACGCUGCUGUGGUCAUCCCGCCCACCUGGAUCCUCCGUGCCCGCAGGCCCCAGAAUACCCUCAAGGCAAGCAAGAAGAAAAAGAGAGCAUCCUUCAAGAGGAAAUCGAGCAAGAAAGGGCCAGAGGAGGGCCGCUGGAGACCCUUCAUCAUCAGGCCCACCCCGUCACCCCUCAUGAAGCCCCUGCUGGUGUUUGUGAACCCCAAGAGUGGAGGCAACCAGGGCGCUAAGAUCAUCCAGUCCUUCCUGUGGUAUCUCAACCCCCGCCAAGUCUUUGACCUGAGCCAGGGCGGGCCCAAGGAGGCGCUGGAGAUGUACCGCAAAGUGCACAACCUGCGGAUCCUGGCGUGUGGAGGUGAUGGCACGGUCGGCUGGAUCCUCUCCACUCUGGACCAGCUGCGCCUAAAGCCACCACCGCCUGUCGCCAUCCUGCCCCUGGGCACUGGCAAUGACUUGGCCCGUACCCUCAACUGGGGUGGGGGUUACACAGAUGAGCCCGUGUCCAAGAUCCUGUCGCAUGUGGAGGAGGGGAAUGUGGUGCAGCUAGACCGCUGGGACCUCCGUGCUGAGCCCAAUCCCGAUGCGGGGCCUGAGGAGCGGGACGAGGGCGCCACUGACCGUCUGCCCCUGGAUGUCUUCAACAACUACUUCAGCCUGGGCUUUGAUGCCCAUGUCACCCUGGAGUUUCAUGAGUCUCGAGAGGCCAACCCGGAGAAAUUCAACAGCCGCUUUCGGAAUAAGAUGUUCUAUGCCGGGACAGCCUUCUCCGACUUCCUGAUGGGCAGCUCCAAGGACUUGGCCAAGCACAUCCGAGUGGUGUGUGACGGAACUGACCUGACCCCCAAGAUUCAGGACCUGAAACCCCAGUGCAUUGUUUUCCUGAAUAUCCCCAGGUACUGUGCAGGCACCAUGCCCUGGGGCCACCCUGGGGAGCACCAUGACUUUGAGCCCCAGCGGCAUGAUGAUGGCUACCUCGAGGUCAUUGGCUUUACCAUGACGUCCCUGGCAGCACUGCAGGUGGGUGGGCACGGCGAGCGGUUGACACAGUGCCGCGAGGUGGUGCUCACUACGUCCAAGGCCAUCCCGGUGCAGGUGGAUGGCGAGCCCUGCAAGCUCGCAGCCUCGCGCAUCCGCAUCGCCCUGCGCAACCAGGCCACCAUGGUGCAGAAGGCCAAGCGGCGGAGUGCCGCCCCCCUGCAUAGCGACCAGCAGCCCGUGCCUGAGCAGCUGCGGAUCCAGGUGAGCCGAGUCAGCAUGCACGACUACGAGGCCCUGCAUUACGACAAGGAGCAGCUCAAGGAGGCCUCCGUGCCGCUGGGCACCGUGGUGGUCCCGGGAGACAGCGACCUAGAGCUCUGCCGUGCCCACAUCGAGAGGCUCCAGCAGCAGGAGCCCGAAGGUGCUGGAGCCAAGUCCCCCACCUGUCAGAAACUGUCCCCCAAGUGGUGCUUCCUAGAUGCCACCACUGCCAGCCGCUUCUACAGGAUCGACCGGGCCCAGGAACACCUCAACUACGUGACCGAGAUUGCACAGGACGAGAUUUAUAUCUUGGACCCAGAGCUGCUGGGGGCAUCUGCCCGGCCUGACCUCCCAACCCCCACUUCCCCUCUCCCCACAUCCCCCUGCUCACCCACGCUCCGGUCACUGCCAGGGGACGCAGUGCCCCCCAAAGGUGAAGAGCUGAUUGAGGCUGCCAAGAGGAACAACUUCUGUAAGCUCCAGGAGCUGCACCGAGCGGGGGGUGACCUCAUGCACCGGGACGAGCAGAGCCGCACGCUCCUGCACCACGCGGUCAGCACGGGCAGCAAGGAAGUGGUCCGCUACCUCCUGGACCACGCCCCCCCAGAGAUCCUUGAUGCUGUGGAGGAGAAUGGGGAGACGUGUCUGCACCAGGCGGCAGCCCUGGGCCAGCGCACCAUCUGCCACUACAUCGUGGAGGCUGGGGCCUCUCUCAUGAAGACAGACCAGCAGGGCGACACUCCCCGGCAGCGGGCCGAGAAGGCUCAGGACACGGAGCUGGCUGCCUACCUGGAGAACCGGCAGCACUACCAGAUGAUCCAGCGGGAGGACCAAGAGACGGCCGUGUAGCUGUGAGGCCAGCGCCGGGCAGCAGGAGGGACAGGGCCAGCCGGAGGAGGAGCCCCCUCAUCGCCCACCGCACUGCCACAUUCCAGUCGGACUGCCACGGGGGGACCCAGGCCCCAGGGAAGGAGCCCCGUGCUGCCCCCUGAGGAGCCACCCGGGCUCAGGGCUGGGCUCUGAGGAGCUGGGGGACCUCACCUGCCCCCGAGGCCUCAGACUGACCCAGGGCUGACAGGGGAACAAGAAACUGGACUGGGCCGGGCAGGCCUUUGGGAGCCUGGGGCUGGACAGCCCUCCCCCUCCUGCAGCGGGUGCCCUCCCUGGGGUUUAGGGGUGGGGGGGCAGCAGGGUUUGGGGCCCUAGUGGGGAGCCUUCGGGAAGAGGCUUCCUAAGCCAUCUGGUCCCUUAGGGGCCUGGCUCUGAGCGUGCUGGCAGCUUGGGCCCUCUCUCCCGCCCAGUCCCCACUCUCCCCGGGGCUUCCUUCUGGAACCACAGAGCCUGCUGCAUUUGCCUGCCCGCUGCCCUGCUUGGCGCCUACCCUGGUGACCCACCCCCUGCACUCCAGUCAUUUCAUCCCCGCUGACUGUGUGGCCUGGGGAUUGGAGUGGGGCUCUCAUGGUGACAUGUUUACAGCUGGGUGUGACUCAGUAAAGUGGAUUUUUUUCCUUUC